AUGAGGGUCUGGGGAGCACUGCGGGCUGUGGCCCUGCUCGCUACAGCCCUCGGGGCAGCACCGCUGGCCGCUGCGAAGAAACACGACCAGCCGAGCUUCCACGUAGAGAAGUUCGAUAACAUGCCAAAGAACCUACACUAUUUUUCCGACUCGGACAUUGUAAUGUUCCAAGACACCUACGCCAACAAUGUAUACCGGUCGCACGACCACGGCACAAAGUGGGAUCGCAUAGACGCCGUGCCGGAGGGCAAGGCCUGGCUGCUAUACAUGCAUGAGUUCGACUCAAGCCGGGCGUACAUCCUGACGGAGGGCACCACACAUUACCGGACGUCGGACCGCGGCAAGUCGUGGCAGGAGUUCAACUCGGGGGCGGAGAUGAGCAUGUUCCGCGGGGACAUUUUGCAGUUCCACGCGGACGACCCGGACCGGAUCCUGUUCAACGGCAUGAUCUGCGAGGGCAUCCUCUGCCAGGAGGUCACGCUGUACACGACGGACGGGUUUAAGUCGACGGCGAAGGAGCUGCGGCGCAACACAGACGGGUGCUGGUGGGCCAAGUCGUCGGAUCUGUUCACCACGGGCGCGGACGACCUGGACCGGAACCGGGUGCUGUGCGUGGUGCGGGACAGCUUCUCGCCGUUCAAGCAGGACCAGCGGCUGGUUAUCUCGGACAACUUCUUCCAGCCGACAUCGGACAGUGCGGACACGCAGGAGUUCGAGCCAAACCUGGACAUGGACAAACCGGUACCCGGGGUGGUCAACGUGGCGGUAGUCAAGAAGUACCUGCUGGUGGCGACCAGCUCGGCCAACACGGACGAGAUGGCGCUGUUCGUGACAGAUGACACCAAGAAGUGGCACCGGGCGGUGUUCCCCGACACACACGACGGGCACGACCACCGGGUGCUGCAGGAGGCGUACACGGUGCUGGAGAGCACCAACUACAGCAUCCAGAUCGAUGUGAUGACGACGCGACCGUCGAACCCGAUGGGGAUUCUGUUUACGAGCAACUCGAACGGCACGUUUUUCACGGAGAACCUGCCGCACACCAACCGCAACCACCACGGGCACGUCGACUUUGAGAAGGUCGCCGGGAUCCAGGGGAUUUUCCUGGUGAACAAGGUGGACAACUGGGAGGAAGUGGCGAGCGAAGGGGGUGCGAGGAAGAAGGUGGUCUCAGAGAUUACCUUUGACGACGGCCGGACGUUCCAGUCCGUGACGGCCGAGGGCAAGCGGAUCCACCUACACUCGGUCACACAGCUCAACAAUGUCGGACGGGUGUUCUCCAGCCCCGCGCCGGGCCUGCUGAUGGCGGUGGGCAACCGGGGUGAUCAUCUGAAGGACUACUGGGACGACGGCAAUCUGUAUGUGUCGGACGACGCGGGAAUGACGUGGGUGAAGGCGCUGGACGGCCCGCACAAGUAUGAAUUCGGCGACCAAGGGUCGAUCCUGGUGGCGGUGCGCGACGCGAAGGAGAACGCGGAUGUCAGCGAGAUCAACUACUCGCUGGACCACGGGCUCACGUGGAAGCAGCAGGCGCUGCCGGACAAGCUCAAGAUCCGGCCGUACAUCCUGACGACGACGCAGGAGUCGGCAAGCCUCAAGUUCUUGCUGAUCGGCACGACGGACAGCAGCAAGUCCGGGAGCUGGCGGGUCAUCUCGAUCGACUUUGAUGGCCUGCACGAGGACACGUGCAAGAAGGGGGACAUGGAGGAGUGGUCGGCCCGCGUGGACGACGACGGCAAGCCGACGUGUCUGAUGGGCCACACGCAGAGCUUCUCGCGGCGCAAGAAGAAGGCGAACUGUUUUAUCAAGGAGGAGUUCAAGCAUGCCGAGUCGAAAAUGGAGAACUGCAAGUGCACCGAGGCGGACUACGAGUGCGACUUCAACUUUGUGCGCGAGGACGGCAAGUGUGUGGCCAAGGGCCCUGUGAUUCCGCCCGAGGGCGCGUGCCGCGAUGCUUCGAAGCCCGACGACACGUUCCGCGGCACGUCUGGGUACCGCAAGAUCCCCGGCAACACGUGCGAGGCCACUCCCGAGCUGGACGAGAAGUACAAGGACAUUGAGCGGCCGUGCUCUGACGCUGCGGGGGCGCCUGGUGGUGGAGGAAAGACCCCCUCGACGCCGGCGACGGACAAGGUCGAGCAGGUGGAGAAGGUGUUUGAGGACGACGAGGCGUGGGAUAUGUGGGAGAAGCACUACCUGGAGCGCGGCGAGUCGAGCUCGACGGAAGGGGAGACCAUCAUCAUGCGCGGCCGCACGCGCAGCAAGGUCGGGCGCAUCCACAUCACCGACGACCACGGCAAGACGUGGCGGUCGCCCAAGGAGCUGGCGGAGGAGACGAUCCUGUACAUCGUGCCGCACCUGUACUUCAAGGACAUGGUGUACUUUGUGACGACGGGCAAGAAGAUCCUGUACAGCGCCGACCGCGGCCGCACAUUCCACAGCUUCAAGGCCCCCAACGAGCCGUCGGCCGAGGUGUUCCCGCUGUCGUUCCACGCCGACAAGAAGCACUGGCUGCUGUGGAUGGGCAACCGGUGUGAGAGCUCCAGCGAGUGCUACGGCGUGGCCUCGUGGAGCAAGGACGGCGGCGACCACUGGCAGACCGCGGGGCGAUCGGUGCGCCGGUGUGAGUUCACGGGGUCGAGCACGUAUCGUGGGUAUGCCGACCGCAAGGCUGAGCAGAUCUUGUGCCUCAAGCACGAGGGCGAGGAGCGCGACAGCCCGCUGACGCUGGUGGCGACGGACGACUGGUUCGACACGGAAGCCGUGCGUGAGCAGCACGUCAAGGAGUUCGCGACCAUGGCUGAGUUUAUCGUGGUGGCGACGGAGAACCGCGAGAACAAGACGCUGCGGGCGAGCGCGAGUUUGGAUGGUGUUACUUUUGCCGACGCGCAGUUCCCGCACGGCUUCGACAUCCCGCACCAGCACAUCUACACCGUGCUGGACAGCUCGACACAUGCUGUGAAUUUGUUUGUGGCGACCGAGAUGCGCGACCGCGAUUGCGAGCUGGGCACCAUCCUCAAGAGCAACUCCAACGGCACGUCGUAUGUGGUCAGUGUCCGGGAUGUGAACUGUGACCAGGACUCGUACGUGGACUUCGACAAGAUCGCCGGGCUCGAGGGCGUUGCCCUAGUCAAUGUCGUAGCGAAUGCGGCUGCCAGAAGGGACGGCAAGGGCGAAGACAGCAGCGAUCCAAAGAAACUCCACACCAAGAUCACGCACAACGACGGCGCGCAAUGGGCGUACCUGCCCACCCCUCGCCACGACGACUUUGGCCAGUUCCCCUGCCAAUCCUCGGCCUCCACGGGCGACGACAAGUGUGCCCUGCACCUGCACGGCUACACUGAGCGGCGGGUUCGCGGCAAGACGUACUCGUCCGAAAGCGCCGUGGGCAUCAUGUUUGCGUGGGGCAACGUUGGCGACUCGCUCGGCCCGCGCAAGGACUCGGACACGUUCAUGACUACGGAUGCGGGGGUAUCGUGGAAGAGAGUCAAGAAGGGCCAGUGGACCUGGGCUAUCGGCGACCAGGGCGGUGUUAUUGUGCUAGUCCAGACCACACCCGUCGCGCAGCAAAAGACCAAGACACUAUCGUACUCUCUCGACGCGGGCCAAACCUGGCAGGACCACCAGUUUGUCGAGGGUGACGGUGGCGAAGCCGAAGUCUGGGAUAUCACGACCCUGCGAUCCGGGGGGUCGCGCAACUUCCUGCUCUGGGGUCAGGACGCCCGCGGCCGGCCGUUUACGACGAACAUCGAUUUCUCCGGGUUCAGCGAGCGGGUGUGUGAGCUGGAUCAGGAGGAUGCCGGGAAAUCGGAUUAUGACGUGUGGUCGCCGUCGCAUCCGAUGCAGGAAGAUGGGUGUUUGUUUGGACAUGUGGCGCAGUAUUUGAGGAAGAAGCAUGAUCGGAAGUGUUGGAAUGAUUUUCGGUUGCAGCCAUUGUAUGGGAAGCAGAAUUGUACUUGUUCGAGGGAGGAUUUUGAGUGCGACUACAACUACGAACUCGACGCCUUCGGCCAAUGCUCCCUCGUCCCCGGCCUCUCCCCCAAAGACCCCCUCGUCUGGUGCGCCGAACACCCCGACGAAAUUGAAUACCACGAGCCCACCGGCUACCGCCGCAUCCCCCUCACCACCUGCGUCAACGGCGUCCAAUUCGACCGCAGCGACGACCCGUCCACCGCUCACUUCUGCCCGAACCAUGAAGAUGAAUUCAACCGGAAACAUUCCGGCCUUUCGGGCGUGGGGUUGUUCUUUGCGGUCACUAUCCCGUUUGCGUUGGCUGCGGCGGCGGGUUGGUAUGUCUGGCGGAAUUGGAGUGGCAAGUUUGGACAGAUUCGCCUCGGUGGGAAUGGGUCCGGUGGUAGCGCUGCGGGAGGGGUGUUUGAGACGGAUCAGCCGUGGGUGCGGUAUCCGAUUAUUGUGGUUAGUGCGGUCGCUGCUGUGGUGGUUGCGUUGCCUGUUGUUGCGGGCGCGGCGUGGAGGGGGGUUAGGGGGUUGUUUGGCGGGAGUCCUGAUGGGAGGGGGAGGUGGAGUCGGCUUGGAGGUGGGGGUGCUGGUUCAAGGUUUACUACGAGGGAUAGUUUUGCGAGGGGGGGGGAUUAUACGGUUGUGGAUGAGGAUGAGGGGGAGUUGUUGGGGGAGGAGAGCGAUGAGGAGGCGUGA